AUGAGGCGGCCCCCUUGGAAGUGGCCUCCCUAUACGUACCACCAUCCUGUCCAACCUGUCCGACCCAUCUCACCUGUUCAACCUGUCCGACCCAUCUCACCUGUUCAACCUGUCCGACCCAUCUCACCUGUUCAACCUGUCCGACCCAUCUCACCUGUUCAACCUGUCCGACCCAUCUCGCCUGUUCAACCUGUCCGACCCAUCUCGCCUGUUCAACCUGUCCGACCCAUCUCGCCUGUUCAACCUGUCCGACCCAUCUCACCUGUUCAACCUGUCCGACCAAUCUGGCCUGUUCAACCUGUCCGACCCACCUCACCUGUACAACCUGUCCGACCCACCCCGCCUGUUCAACCUGUUCGACCCACCCCAUCUGUUCAACCUGUCCGACCCACCCUGCCUGUUCAACCUGUUCAACCUACCCUGCCUGUUCAAACAGUCCAACCCAUUCCGUCUGCACAACCCGUUGUGCCCACAACACCCAAAAUCCCAGUGAUGUCACCUGCGCCAACAGUGCCUAUGCCACUCACCACGGUAGCCACCAUUCCCCCCCAACCUCCAACACAGACUACAACCACUCCUCAGCCGGUCAGUACCCCUCGUGGCACAACUGCCCCUGCCGAACCUCCCACUGAUCCAGCUCCAUCAGAACUUUGCAAGAGCCGUCCGCUGGAUCUGGUUUUUAUUAUCGACAGCUCUCGCAGCGUUCGACCUGCUGAGUUUGAAAAGGUUAAAAUCUUCCUUUCCGAAAUGGUUGACUCUCUGGAUAUUGGGUCCGAUGCCACGCGGGUAGCUCUGGUCAACUACGCCAGCACCGUCAGCAUUGAGUUCAACCUGAAAAAGUACUUUAGCAAGGCAGAGGUCAAGCAGGCCUUCUCCCGUAUUGAUCCGCUCUCAACGGGGACCAUGACUGGCCUGGCCAUCAAAACCGCCAUGGAGCAGGUUUUUAAAGAAGAUGCUGGGAUGCGUGCAAAGAAGAAGAAUAUUCCUAAGGUGGCCAUCAUCGUGACCGAUGGGAGACCCCAGGAUAAAGUCGAAGAGGUGGCAGCAGCUGCAAGGACUUCUGGGAUUGAAAUUUAUGCCAUUGGAGUGGACAGAGCAGAUAUGCGGUCCCUCAAACUUAUGGCCAGUCAGCCUUUGGAUGAUCAUGUGUUUUAUGUGGAGACAUAUGGCGUAAUUGAGAAACUCACAUCUAAGUUCAGGGAGACUCUUUGUGGUUUCGAUGUUUGUGCAAUUGGGCACAACUGCGAACAUAUUUGUGUCAACAACAAUGCUUCUUAUUUCUGCAAGUGCAGGGAGGGAUAUGUCCUCAACUCGGACAAGAAAACAUGUGCUAAGCAGACCAACGAGGAGGCGAGAGGGGAUUUGUCUGUGAAUCCUUGCAUGUGUGAGGCUCAGAUUGCAUUUCAGAAGAAGGUCCACAACAGCAUACAGCAGAUCACCAGCAAACAUAUCCUUUCAGCUAAACACUGCUGA